UCUUCUCGUUCUCCAAACACCGUCGCGGGCCGGAUUCCUACCCCCGCCCACCUGGAAAUCCCUUCAAUCGCCGAAACCCUAAACGAAUAGAUAAAUCUGACGAUUACCACCCUUGCAAUUUUCGACGCAGAAUCUGUUGCCGUCGCACCCAUAUGGGAGGAUCGACGGUUUCUCCGUCGCCGGACGCUUUCUGAUACCCUGCUUCUGAAGAGAGGGAUCGAGUGGCUUCGUGUUCGACAAGAUUUAGGGCCGGGUUCGGUCCCUAUCCCGGCCAGGGUUUCGGGAUUGUGGGGUUCUGGGGAGUUGCAUGGGCGUGGAGUAGGAACGGGCGGUGUCGAGAUUCCGUCGAUCCGUGCCGGAAACCAUGUCUGCGAUAGUCUGCGGAAAGAGAUCAAUCUUCGAAGAGCUCCAUACGCCUCCGCCAGUUUCGAAGAGAUUGCGCUGCUCCGGCAGCACCUCACCGAUCCGGUUCUCGCCGACUAGGGUUGUACCGAGCGCCGUUGACUCGCCACUGUCGCAACUCCGGCAGAUUUUUCCUGACAUGGAUGAGCAGCUUCUUGAGCGAGCACUUGAAGCUUGUGGAAAUGAUCUGGAUUCUGCAAUCAAGAGUUUGAAUGAGCUCCGCUUAGGGGAACGUAGUAUGGCCUCUAUUGGGAGCAAAUCUGAAAAUAAAUUAGGGGAAAUUGCUCAGCAAUCUUCGGAAGUUCUGGCAACCAAUAUCGACGAGUCCUCCAAUUGCCCGGCUCCUCCUACCGAUCUUCCAUCAGAUGGUUCAGAGUGGGUGGAGUUGUUUGUGAGAGAGAUGAUGAAUGCCACGGAUGUAAAUGAUGCUAGAUUGCGUGCUUCAAAAAUUUUAGAGGUGUUGGAAAAAUCGAUCAUGUCGAGAGCUGGGGAAGUUGUAUCAAAAGACCUUCACAAGGAGAAUUUGGCGCUCAAGGAACAGGUGGAAGUGCUUGUCCGAGAAAACCAAAUCCUUAAGCGAGCGGUGGCCAUCCAGCAUGAGCGGCAAAAGGAGUAUGAUGAGAGAGGCCGUGAGCUGGAGCACCUAAAACAGCUUGUAGCGCAGUACCAGGAGCAAGUUAGGACGCUUGAGGUAAACAAUUAUGCACUGACAGUUUAUCUACAGCAAGCACAGCAGAGUAGCUCCAUUCCCGGGCGCUUUCACCCAGAUGUGUUCUAGAUUUCGUAACGGACGUCUCUGCCCAUAAAGGAGGAGGAAGGGAGUAAUUUGGCGAAUGGUUUCUCUAUGAUUUCAUUGAUAACUGCGUCCAUUCUUGGUUGCAUAAAAAGGAGAUACAUGAUGGGCAUGACAGAGGUUCCUGUUUUGUAAUCUCAUAAAAAAAAAACCGAUUGUAACUCAUAAUUCCUAGAAUAACUAUUCCAUAUAUUUGGUUGGGGGCUCGGCAGCAGCAAAAAACGAUCCCCGGGUUACAAUGCUCCAGCAUUUAGAUGCAUGCGGAGCCUUUUCCUCAUAUGCAUGUCUCUCGCUCCCAUUCUCUCUCUUUAAUUUUAUGGAUCGGGUUGUACAUGCUCA